AAGUCAGUUCCUCACGCUGUCACACCGGUCUUUUGGUUUGUUCUCUGUUGUUAUAUGUGACGAUAAAGGAAACUAAAACAAAAAAAUAUUGAAGAGGGUUAUUUAGUUUCCGGUACGCUGGUACUUGGGCUUCUGUUUCAGUCCCGCUGAUGAAGACGGAACGGCUGUCACACAUUAGCUAACCUGAAGACAACCGUGAGAAUGGACCGCUGUUCUCUACCAACGCCGCUGUUUACUUUCGGUGUCAUAGCUGACAUCCAGUACGCAGACAUCGACGACGGAUACAAUUACACCCAGACGAGGAGGCGUUAUUACCGAAGCAGUCUGCAGCUGCUGAAAAAUGCCCAGAGAAGUUGGUCCAAGUCGGCUGUGAAGCCUCAGUUCAUCCUCCAGCUAGGCGACAUUAUCGACGGCUUUAACAAGGUCCACGACACCUCGGAGCGGGCAUUGGACACGGUGCUGAGAGAGUUCAACUCCAGCCCCGUGAAGGUGCACCAUGUGUGGGGUAACCACGAGUUUUAUAAUUUCAACAGGAGCGCCCUGCUGCAUUCACGGCUUGACAGUAGACUCCACGCUGACGGAAGCCCGAGCGGAGCGCCAGCUCGCGCUGACAUCUAUGCCUACCAGUUCAGCCCGUUUCCCGGGUUCACGUUUGUUGUGCUGGACGCUUAUGAUGUGAGCCUGCUGGGCAGAGAGGAGUCCAGUGAACAGUACAGAAAUGCCAUGAAUGUGAUUAAACUGCACAACAACAAUGAUGAUCUCAACUGUCCACCAGUGUCGGAGAGCCUCAAGCAGAGGUUUACAAUGUUCAACGGUGGGUUCAGUAAGGACCAGCUGGAUUGGCUGGACUGUGUACUCUCCUCUGCAGAUGAGAAACAAGAACGAGUCACGAUUGUCAGUCACCUCCCUGUCCACCCCAACUCCACAGAUCCGGUUUGCCUCGCAUGGAAUUUCAACGAGCUCCUGGCUAUCCUACGCUCCCACAGCAGCGUUGUGUGUUACAUGGCUGGACACGCCCAUGACGGUGGGUACUGCCUAGAUAAAGACACGGGAGUGCACUACCUGACUCUGGACGGGGUCAUUGAGACUCCACCCAACAGCGACGCCUACGGCACAGUCUCAGUCUACACGGACAGGAUGGUGCUGGAAGGGUACGGGCGGGUCAUGAACAGAGUGUUUAUGUUUUCUUGAUCCUGACACAAAUAUGACGGCUUAUGAAAUCUGAUUUGUGAUGCAAAAAUGGAUGUGAUAGCAAUCUGUAGGACUGGUACAUACUCCUAGGAAGUCAGGGAAUUUUGAGUCACUUUAUAAGAAGAAAUGCUUCUAUUUUCCAUUUUUUCCUUAUUUUCAUCUUAAAAAAACCCAUUAAAUUACACUUUAAAUUAUUUUAAUUAAACCAGCUGUAUAAAUGAAUACUUUCUUGGUUAUAUUGAAAGGCCAAAGGGAGAAUACAACUUCAUUACAUAGAAUAUUUAUUACACUUUUUCUAUUGUAAAUUUAUUGCAAUGAGUGAUAUGAAAGGCUAAAUGAUCAUAUAAAGAAAGAAAUAAAAAACAUUUUAAAAAAGAUUAUUUCUAUUGGAAAUGCUGCCUUUUGGAUUUAUUUUAUUGCACAUAACUGAUGUUCUUAUGCUGUAUUUAUGCUCAGCAGUGUAUCAUGCAGUGCUACGAGGAACAGUUCAGGGGAUUUGAUUAUUUUACAUAUCUACUGCAGCUGUUGGGUGAUAAGAUGACGACCUCAUUUGGUCCGAUAUGUUUGGUUUGCAUUGUAAACUCAGAAACAUGAUUAAUAAACCCCUUACAUGAA